AUUGCAGGUGGAUGUAUGAGGGGUACGUAGGUACCUGAGAAAAGGCGCUGGAAGGACCUGAACUGAACGACCCCGAGGACCGGGCAGCAAGCACAGCCCACUUUCUGUCGUAAUGAACCAGCCAGACAAGUAAUUGCUCGCCAGGCACGAAUCGAAACUAUCGAUAAAUUGGAACUGCUGAAGACUUCAUCUUUUUUUUUUCCUUUUUGUCAUUGCAACCUUGAAUUCAUAUAAUCGCGGUCGAGACACAAACAUUACUACCUAACUUAUUAGAGUGCCCCAUUAAGAUUGGUCGGGUAUCACUUGAGCUUAGGCAACCAAAUACUAUACUACAAGCUCCCUGGUCUCUCGCUAUUGCUGUGACAUCACAUCCACUCCCCCUACUUUACUACUUUACUCCUGAUCUCCCAUACCAACCAAAACCUCGGAGCGGGCGAGAGACGAAUAAAACCGUUGCACCUUCGUACGCUCCUCGAAAAUGGCUUCGUUGAACCUUUCUACGAAUGGUCCCUCGAUUAAAAGCAGUUAUCAGGGAGUCAUUAACGCACCGGCUCCUCCCUCGGGCAGUUCUUCCACAUACGGUCAAUGGGCUCUAUUUUACGUCCAAGCCCCACUAGCAAACGCCUUUCAAGAUAGCGGGAGCAAAGAAAGUGUAUUAAAGGUCCAGUCAACGGGCUCUGGGGAACUAGAAGACCUUAUCGAGGACUUUAGUGAGGGUCGUAUCCAAUUUGCCUUUCUCAAGAUCAAAGAUCCCAACACUGGCUUGCCUAAAUAUGCCCUAAUCGCAUGGUGUGGCGGUGGUGUUCCCGAGAGGACGAAAGGUUACUUCACGAGUCAUUUGAAUGCUGUUUCGAAAGUACUUCAUGGAUACCACGUCCAGAUCACCGCUCGCUCUGAAACCGACCUCGAACCUGCGAAUAUUCUCCAGAAAGUUUCUGAUGCAUCCGGUGCCAAGUACACAGCCGGCGGCAGUGCACCUGUACAAACUGGUAGUGGGCCACCUCCAGUAAAGUCAAAACCCGUCUUCGCUGCAGCAAGCUCGUCUAGCUCCUUCAACCCUAUAGUCGCUGCACGAAAUGCAAGCCUUCGAAAGACCGACGAUGAUGGUUGGGGAGACGCCCCACAAGUUUCUCGGACCCAAAUUGAAAAGGUGGAAUCGGCUUAUAAACCAACCAAGGUCAACAUGGCAGAAUUGGUCAGCCAAAAGCAAGAACCUUCCAGAUUCAACGGUUCCAGCCAACAAGACGACAGGCCCAGAGAUGUCAUCGGAGGAGGAUAUCAACCAGUCGGAAAAGUUGACAUCGCCGCUAUUCGAGCCGCUGCGAAGAAACAGCAGGAUGACCGACCAGCACCAGUUAAGGGUGCAUACGAGCCAGUAGGCAAAGUAGAUAUUGCUGCGAUACGAGCAAAAGCUCAGAGACCUGCCGAUGCCGAGCCUGAACCGGAGCCUGCCGAGCAGUCUAAAUCUCUGGCAGACCGAAGCGCAGCGUUCAGCCAAGCAGAGCGUAUCACAGAACUCCCUAAGCCUAAGGUUGCAAAGAAAUGGGGUGGCGCGUCUACAUUCACGGGAACCAAGGCACCUACUCCUGGAGGUUUAGGCCUUGGUGGCCCUUCAGCUCCUGCUGCUCCUCCUGUUGGAUCUGCUAGUCGAACUUUCGCCGACCAAGGAGGAAAGACACCGGCUCAGAUCUGGGCUGAGAAGAAGGCAGCGCAGGGCGGUGCCUCCGGCACCGCUAAACCCAUUUCUCCUGUCGCGCCGCAGUUUAGUGGCGGUAGUGGAAGCGGGUGGCAGAGCGGGUACACAGGCAAGAGUUGGGCAACAGUCCAAACGGGUUCAUACGGUCGUGGCAUCCCAGGACAGAAGACUGGUGAGACUGAGACCAGCCAAGAGGCGCCGGGUUCUCCAUCAGGCGGAGUCGGUGCUUUGCGCGACCGCUUCAAGGAGACGCCACCAAUCAUCGCCCCUGCGCCGGCAGCACCUAAGGUUCCAUCGCCGGCUGAAGACAACGACCGAGCGCCACCGCCACCACCCCUGGCCUCACGACCUUCCGACGGUGCACCUUCUGGCGGGUUUGCACUGCCUGGUAUGCCCCCUCGUCCUCCUCCAGUCACAGAUGAAGAAGAGGAGCCUGAACGAGAGCAAUCGCCUGUUCGUAUUGCAGUUCCCGUGCCUCGCGGACCCGAGCCAGAGAUCGAACCCGCGCACGAGCCUCCCCGAUCACUUCCCGUUCGACCGAUCGAACAAGAACUUCCCAAGGAGGAAGAGAUUCCAGCAGAGCAUGAAUCCUACGACCCUCGUGCUGCAGCCACGGCUGUUGCUGAGUCCCAGUUUGGCCAUGAGCAGGUGGCAGAAGCACCAGCUGCAGCUUCUGGAGGCAAGCGCGCAUUAAUCCAAUACGAUUAUGAGAAAGCUGAAGACAACGAAUUGGAACUCCGAGAAGGUGAAUACGUCACUAACAUUGAAAUGGUGGACGAAGACUGGUGGAUGGGUACCAACUCUCAAGGAGAGACGGGCUUGUUCCCUAGCAAUUAUGUCGAACUUGUUGAAGACGAAGCUGAGGCACCGGCUGCUAGCCACGCGGCGGUACCUCCUCCGCCUGCACCCGCUGCUGCUGAGCCUGAACCCGAGCCUGCAGCUGGCAGUGGCCCUACAGCCACAGCCCAAUUCGAUUAUGAAGCCGCAGAAGAUAACGAACUGAGUUUCCCCGAAGGAGCUAAAGUCACGAACUUGGAAUUCCCGGACGAGGACUGGUGGUUUGGCCACUACAACGGCGAUUCCGGUCUAUUCCCCGCCAAUUAUGUGGAACUAGAUCAGUGAUAUAUGACUUCUUUUCUCACGGGACGACGCGACGACAAAGUGUUACAUCAGAAUAGUAGUUGUUGAUUUGGAGAGGAAUUAGAUAAAAGGCGAUGUCAACUUUUCAAUGGAAACGUAAGAGGACGAGAGUGGAUUAUUUUAUUUCUUCCGUAGGUACUACCGAACUGAACAAAAAGAAAGACUUUGCAUUUCCAUUUUACGUCAAAAGAAGAAUUACUAUGUAUGUACUUUCAACCUGUCAAGAUUAAGAUUGCGGGCUCUUCCCGAGGGAUGGCUCUUGGCGUCUGAAGCCAUCAGCCCUACGAUCGGAUCUAGGUACUUUGAUGUUUCAUACAGGGCUAGUGCUAGCUAGGUCUUUGAUACCCAAGUCCGAGAGUAGGUAUUUAGAUUUUUUGAGAAUAUCAAGUUGGAAGUGUAUCUUGCAUGUGUUCUUUUCGAUAAAUUAAAUCAAUAAUAUCUACUUAUGUACUAGGUAGGUAGCGUAGUAAGUGAAGAUCCGGACUAUCUCCUUGGCUGUGAGGAGGCCUCCACAAUGUCUCGGAGCUCAGUUCUAUAUACCACAUUCUCGGUAUAUAUCGCAAAUCAAUAUUAGGAAUAAUUAAUUCAACGGGCGCAUAAGAACGAUAGGUGAAAGUAGAGUCGUGGCGAUUAUAGCGGUUAAAAAUUAAGCGCCGCUUCUACUAUCUACCGUUGUUUCUUCACAACCUCGAUGAAGUCGGG